AUGAAGAGAAAAAAUCAAAUUUUGUUGACUAUUGGUACCAUUGCAACACUCACAACUCUGUUGUUCUUAGGAGAUAGUUUUUUUAACAGCAGAGGUUCUUGUGCCUGUAAACAUGAUAAAUGCACUUCUAAUAUUGAUUCUAAGAACCUAAAUAUGCGUGGUAUUCCAAUUAUAAAAAGGGACAAAUACAUUUUGAGGGGCCUUGAUAUAGGCGACUAUAAUAAGGGAUUUAUUGACUGCAUAAAUGAAGUGACUGAACCCGGGGUGGUUACACAGAAGCAGUUUGAAGAAAGGUAUCUGUCUCUGUGCAAAGAUGGAUGUUAUAAGAUAGUGGUUGCAUACGACCCAAAGGAUGAAAAGGUUAUUGGAAGUGGAACGCUGUUUAUCGAAAAGAAAUUUAUCAGAGGAUGUGCUGCUAAAGGCCAUAUAGAAGAUGUAGUUGUCCUAAAGGAAAAGAGAGGAAAAGGUAUUGGAAAGGAUAUAUUGGAAACAUUGAUCUGGAUUUCGAAGAAAAUGGGAUGUUACAAGACUGCGCUUGUAUGUGACUUGAAGAAUAUAGAAUUCUAUAAGAAAUGUGGGUUGAAAGAGAAGGAGAGAGAGAUGGUGAUGUAUCAUUAA